CGGUUUAUAUGAUCACGUACAUCUGCACCUCUGAAUCGAUUCACCCACCUUCUGCCUCUCUUUCCUUCCCCAGGGCUCACCAUUUGUUUGGCCGACUCUCUUUUUGUAUACACUGCCCCUUGAGGAAGCUAACCCGCCAACUCGCCGACAUUCGCUUUGGGAAUUUUUAUCAUUCCCGUUCUAUCACUUGCAGUGUAAUACCCUCGUUGACGACAAGUCGAAACACCAGACCAGACCGUUCUUUUCUGAUUCCAAGUCACCAAAAAGGCCAGAGGCUGAAUUAAACAAAAACUUUUUUAUAUUGUUUCCUUUCUGCCAUCUCUUCGCCUUUUUUACAUUCUUUUCUUUUUUUUGGUAACCAGAACAACAUAUUUCACAAAAAUGUCUCUCACAUCCUUGAGGGCCGUGAGCCUUGGAGCUGCUCUCCUCGGCAGCCACCUCACCUCGGCGCAAGCCACCACGACGCUCCCCCCGAGCCUCACAAACUGCACAACCCAGGAGACGAUCUGGCAGACGCCGCAAAACGUGAGCCUGGCCAUCUGCGACGGAACCAACUUCCAGUACGGAGGCAAGUCGCUCCAGAUGGUCGAGGGCGUCUGCGGCACCAGGGCGUGCGUGGGACUGUGCAACGACAACGACAAGUGUGUCCGCGCCGUGUACGACAAGAAGAACUCGGUCUGCCACAUCAAGAACAACGACGAGGCCUCGGACAUGAUCUGGGCCGUCGAUGCCGACUUUGACGCCAUCACCAAGCUCCUGCCCGACGGCACCUACCCGCCGCCUCCCUCGGGCCAGCCGCCCAAGGAUGGCCAGACUCCCAAGCCCGCCAACGAGACCGUGGUCGUCGGCGACGCCAAGAAGGGUGUCUGGUCCGACGUCAUCACCCUGCCUCUGAUCCCCGUGGCCGCCUACGUCGUGCCGACCUUCCCGACCCCUGGACGGCUCAUGUUCUUCUCGUCGUGGGGCGUGGACGCCUUUGGUGGCGCGUCGGGCCUGACGCAGUUCGGCUCGCUCGACCUGGCCUCGCACCAGUCGACGCACCGCGAGAUCGCCAACACGCACCACGACAUGUUCUGCCCCGGCAUCAGCCAGCUGGCCGACGGUCGCAUCCUGAUCCAGGGCGGAUCCGACGCCGACGCCGUCUCGGUCUACGACCCCAACACGGACGCCUUCACGCGCGAGGCCAACCUGCAGAUCGCGCGUGGCUACCAGUCGGCGUGCACGCUGUCCAACGGCGAGGUGUUCACCAUCGGCGGCGCCUACUCGGGUGAGCGGCGCGGCAAGGAGGGCGAGAUCUACGACCCCAGCGCCAACAAGUGGGAGGUGCUCAAGGGCGCCGACGUCAAGCCCAUGCUGACCAAGGACCACGAGGGCAUCUGGCGCGAGGACAACCACGCCUGGCUCUUUGCCUGGCGCAACGGGUCCGUGUUCCAGGCCGGCCCCUCGGCGACGCAGCACUGGUACGGCACCAAGGGCUACGGCGCCGUGGUCAACGCCGGCACCCGCGACGACGCCAACGCCAUGUGCGGCAUCUUUGUCAUGUACGACGCCCUGCGCGGCAAGAUCCUGAGCGCCGGCGGCUCGCCCGACUACACCGACAGCGACGCCAACAACCGCGCCCACAUCACCACCAUCGGCGAGCCCGGCAGCCCCGCCGUCGUCGAGCGCGUCACCGACAUGGCCUUCCAGCGCGGCUUCGCCAACGCCGUCGUCCUGCCCGACGGCAAGGUCAUCGUCACCGGAGGCAUGAAGCGCUCCAUCGUCUUCAGCGACGCCAACGCCGUCUUCGUCGCCGAGAUGUUCGACCCGGCCACCAAGGCCUGGACCCAGCUGGCCGCCGCCCAGAAGCCCCGCAACUACCACUCCGUCUCCAUCCUGUUGCCCGACGCCACCGUCUUCGUCGGCGGCGGCGGUCUCUGCUACGUCGCCACCAUCAAGGGCUCGACCGCCAAGUGCAACAAGUCGGUCGACCACGCCGACGGCGAGAUCCUGUCGCCCCCCUACCUGUUCAACGCCGACGGCACCGCCGCCGCCCGCCCCGUGAUCGGCGACCUGGACAAGACCUCCAUCCGCGCCGGCGACUCGCUCACCUUUGCCGUCACCGGCAUCCAGGGCGCCGCCGCCGCCAACUACAAGUUCUCGCUGGUGCGCAUGGGCUCCGUCACCCACUCGGUCAACACCGACCAGCGCCGCGUGCCGCUCGAGGACUUCUCCGUCGGCGCCGACGGCAAGUUCACCGUCCGCACCCCCGCCGACACCGGCGUCAUGAUCCCCGGCCACUGGUACCUGUUUGCCAUUGCGCCCAACGGCACGCCCAGCGUCGCCAAGACGGUGCAGAUCGAGCUCGGUGAGGCCGAGGCUAAGCGCACUGCUGGUAUCUGGGGUGCUUAAGCAAUCAAAUAAAGUUUCAUUGAUUCAACAAAAGUUUCCUUGUGUAAAUUUUUUCCUUUUCGUAAUGAAUGGCGGUGAAACUGGCGGGAAAAGUUGGAGAAACAAACAAAAAGCCAAAACAAACCAAAAAAAAAGCGUGCAUUUGCCCAUGUACAAACCACAAGCAACAGCGAUGACUCUAUUUUAGUUUAAUAUGUUAAUGUAAUUCUUACUCCGUUACCUUUCUUUAUCGACUCGAGAUGACCGCUGCA